GCUGCUGGGUCUUGGGGCGGCUGCGGGUGGCCAUGGCCUUCACGCUGUACUCGCUGCUGCAGGCGGCCCUGCUCUGCGUCAACGCCAUCGCCGUGCUGCACGAGGAGCGCUUCCUCAAGAACAUUGGCUGGGGAACAGACCAGGGAAUUGGCGGAUUCGGAGAGGAGCCAGGAAUUAAAUCUCAGCUAAUGAACCUUAUUCGAUCUGUAAGAACCGUGAUGAGAGUGCCAUUGAUAAUCGUGAACUCCAUUGUGAUAGUAUUACUGUUACUGUUCGGGUGAAGUCCAGCGAGGGAGAUGGAGACAGGAAGAGAUGCCAUGUCAGCAGGAGCUACUGCUUCGGUCCUUAUUGGAAUACAGAUUCUCUUAGCUGGCCAACCUUGCACUUGACAAAAAUGUAAAGCUGACAAUAAAGAAGAGUCCUUAUUCAUCUGA